CCUCUCUUUUAGAAGUCCUACACAGAAUAAUGCUAUAAUCUGAUUUGGUUUUUAUUAUAGCUUUUCUUUUUGGAGGGUUCUUAGCUGAACAUUAGUAAAAGGUUGGUUUGUUUCCCUUCUGACAAAAAUGGUUUAGAUUGUUCUUUGGUCUUUUGAAGUUCAACAUGUUCAAUUUCAUAGUAGCAGAUUGAAGCUGUUUGGUUCUUUGCGGCAAUGAAGUGCUUUCAUUUCAAUAGUAAAGUGAAAAAUGAUGAACCAAGAACUACGAAGUCCAUUUCAAUUCAGUCCUCCACCUCUCCUGUUUCCAUGUCAACAGAUAACGAUGUGAGAAGAUCUGGGUCUGAGUCAAAUUCCCAGAAUGUCUCAGAUUUUAGCUCAGGUUCAUCCACAACCAAGAACUCGUUUGCUGUUAUGUCUCAAAGACGAAGUAAUCUGAGAGAGUUCACAUUCUUGGAGUUGAAGACUGCAACAAAGAACUUCAGCCGAUCCCUGAUGAUUGGUGAAGGUGGAUUUGGUGCUGUUUAUAGGGGUCUAAUCCGAAGUUCUGAAGAUUCCCACAAGAAAAUUGAUAUUGCUGUUAAACAGCUCAGUAGAAGCGGGUUUCAGGGACACAAAGAAUGGGUGACAGAAGUAAAUGUUUUAGGGGUAGUUGAACACCAAAAUCUGGUGAAAUUAGUGGGUUACUGUGCUGAGGAUGAUGAAAGAGGAAUACAGAGACUACUGAUAUAUGAAUAUAUGCCCAACAGAAGUGUGCAGGAUCAUUUGUCAGCUCGGUUUCAAACAACUCUUUCUUGGGCAACCAGGUUGAAAAUUGCCAGAGAUGCCGCCCGAGGCUUAGCUUUCCUCCAUGAAGAAAUGGAUUUUCAGAUUAUCUUCAGAGAUUUCAAGUCUUCAAAUAUACUGUUGGAUGAACAAUGGAAUGCUAAGCUUUCAGACUUUGGGUUGGCCAGAUUAGGGCCUUCAGAUGGAUUAAGCCACGUCUCAACUGCGGUUGUAGGAACCAUUGGAUAUGCAGCACCUGAAUACAUUCAAACAGGACGCCUUACAAUCAAAAGUGAUGUUUGGAGCUAUGGAGUUUUCCUCUAUGAACUCAUCACUGGCAGGCGUCCAUUGGAUCGGAACCGUCCCAAAGGCGAGGAAAAGCUCUUGGAAUGGGUGCGACCGCACAUCUCCAAUAUAAAAAAGUUCAGGUUGAUCAUUGACCCUAGGCUUGAUGGCAAGUAUUCGCUCAAGUCGGCUCAUAAACUUGCAGCAGUGGCCAACAAAUGCUUGACACGCCAAGCUAAAUUGCGACCCAAAAUGAGUGAAGUUCUGGAAAUGGUGGAUGGGAUUGUUGAAUCAGCUGAAAUGGUGAUGCCCCAAUCGGAUUUAAAGUGUUCAAAUCUAAACACCAAUUUUAAAUUGUCGAAAACAGAGAGCUUAAGAAGAAGGCUGUUGGAUCUAAUACCUGGGGGUAAAGGGUGUUUGAUGUGGCCAAAGAUUGUGACAACUUGUUAAGAAGCCGUUGUUUCAAUUUCGUUAAAACCUGUAAAUUACGGUCUUGGUAAAAACCAUUGUAAAGGUUUUCUUGAGGUAAGUUAUUCGGGUUCGGGACAGUGUUGGCUACAGUUGUGUUGUGAUCCAAAGGUGGGUAGACACAUUGCAUCCAAUAUUUAUUGGUUAUUCAUUUUUUUAAUGUAUUUGAGGAUUAUUGUA